AUGAUGCGAGGCCAAGGAGUGGGCAAGUUUGGGAAACGGGUGUCCAUUCGGAUCCAUUCGCACGGAUCCGGCACUGCCGGCUCGAUUUAUCGCCGGGAAUCGGCGAAUAAUGCGACUGCCAGACAGGUAUGGUUGACAUGGACGUUUUAAAUAAUUUAUUUCUAUUUUUCUCACGUCAUACUAUUUUAUCCAUAUGAUUUUUUGAUUUUCAAAGCAAUUUUUUGGUCACACCACGAAAACCUGAAAAUCUUGGCAUUGUGUUUUAACGGCUGAAAAUGGCAGAUAGUGCAUGGGGUGUUAUUGCUAUAUUUUUUAGAUAGUUUUUUGUUUAAUAUUUAGGGUGUUAUUGACAGUAAUAGUAACUUUAAUUUAUUAUAUUGCUAACAGGGGAAGUACUCCAAGUGCGACGCUCAGAUUUUCUUAAAAUUUUGCACACACGUCGGGUAUGGACUAAAUAUCAAUUCCUGAAAGUUUUAGCUCGCGCUUUGCGGGCGCCUCCGAGAUAUCGAGCGAUUUUUGCCGCCGAGAGGGCACGCUAAACGUGGAAAGCGGUCAGAGAGAAAAACGUUUUUUGGCCAUAACUUUGGCAGUUUCGUGCGGAAAAAUUUUAUUUUUUGUAGAAACAUUAUCAUUUACGGUUGAAAUAGACAUGAAACUUUUCGUGCCGAAAUUCGGCAAAAAGUCCUAAAUUUUGGCCGACUUUCGAUCUAAAAAUCUCGGUUGUUUCUGCAAAGCGCGACCUAUGAUUCUCGCGUAUAUCUUAGACAAAAUUAUUCUAAAUUUGUGCCAAGUUUCAUCCAAAUCUGAGCGUCGCACUUGGAGUACUUCCCCUGUAAGCGAUAAAGUUCGCGCGAGGUCAAUUUUAGCGUUGAUCAACUUUUUUGAAGUUGAUCUUGGAGGUCUGAAAAAUAAACUUUUGUCGCGACACCUAUUUGUUAUGUCUUAGAAACUCAAGAAACAUCAUUCUAAUCUAAAAUAAAAUUAGUAAACCUUUGAAAUAUUGAGCCCAAAGGGGCUCACAUGUGUAGGGUUUGGGUCAACUUGCGAUUGAUCUUUCACCCCUAAACCCCCAAAAUUGCGCAGCUAAUUCUUACAUAUUUUUAAUCAGCAUGAUUUAACAUGUUUUUUGUGACAUGCCGGUCUAAAAGCAACUCUUAUAAAAGUGCCUUGUUAAGUUUUCUACUUUUACAAACAAAAAUAGCUCAUGACUACUCAGCCCAAGGCGGGGUCUGUCAAGCAUUCCAAAACAUAUGUCAUGCUCCCGCAUUCCUGUUUCCCCUCCGUUUUUAAUGGCUCCGAGCCCAUAACCUUGUUUAAACCUCGGCCAGAAUCGGCAUAACUACUCCCCGAAAACGCUCAUUUGUUUAUCCUAAUUGUCCGCGGCCAAAGUUUGUUUUGGUUCUUUCCGAAAAAAGUUUGGCCUUAUGAACAUCGCAGUCGAUUUGGUUCUGAGCAAACAUGCCGAGCAUGAACAGGUAAACCGAUUUUUUUUGUCUUAUCUCAUCUUCUGUGACAAAUGUGUAAUGAUAAUGGCUUACUUGUCAUUCAACAUAGGCUAGAAUCUCAGCAAAACAAAACUGUUUUAAAAUACGGUAUCUUCUUGUGGACGAUGAAUUUUUUAUUUUUGAUUACCACGACUAAUAUCAGUCUGUCGGUAAACUAGUGAGCGCUCUUUCAUAUCGAAAAUGAUGCCGAGAAAAUGAAUUUUGUCGCGGAAAAGUCAAAUUGAAUUUCAGUUUAGCGACACGAUUGGCGCAACGACAUUGCGAAUCAUUGUUCUAACAAAAUUGGGCAUCAGACUCAAAGCGUAACUAUAUAGUCGUAGUUCACAGGUUAAUAUCAGAGUUUUAAAACACGGCCAUGUGAGGACUUGCGUUAAAAAAAACAAAACUUUUAAAGUCGCAACUUACAUUUUAAAAGUUCAAGCAGCUUACUCAAUUUUCUUUAUACGGGUGCCUAAAGAUAAACAUCAAUGUUUCUUUCAAGAUAUGCAAGAGCAAUUCGUUUGUGCCACUUAUGAAUUAUUGUUGAUUUAAGCUUGAAAUAUGCAGUGACAGCCGAGAUAUUCAACGAUUUUUGCAGACAAGAGAUAAUGCAAAAUAACAAGAGAAACUCGAGAGAAAAAUUUUUCCUAUUAUAAGUUUGUGUAUGCCUCAUGAGGCAAUUUGAUUUUUUUUUGAGACUUUAUUGUCCGACUAGUCUAUUUGCAAAGUCGCAGGAGUGAUUUUGAGACAUGCACUGUAAGAAAACAAAAGCUUACGUUGCACCGUGCAAUUUCUUGUUUUUUGCACCGUGCAAUAGUUUUUUUUCGGUAUGUUGCUCUCAUCCUAUCUAUUUCUGAACAGUGUAAACGUCAAAAAUCCUGCAUAUGUUUUAAAAAAUUGCAAUCUUUGUCUGUGCCAAAAUUCAUAUAUCUUUUCGACCAUUUUUUUACUAAUUUGUACAACUACAAAACUCCUUGAAUUUUCAAAAAUCAAAAAGUUUCUUACAAGAAAAUCAUAUAAAAUAUAGUAGAUUUCUUGCACUUACUUCCAACCCAAAGCCAACCUCUAACCCGCUUAACACUCAAUCCUUUUUUGCUUUCGGAAAUUCGAAGCCAACGACUCUAGGUUUGCGCUUUUAAUGCAUGAGAUUUCCAUCAAAAUCUCGUCUAUUUUUGAGGGGUUCGCUCUUUGGGCGAUUACUUAAUUACGCUCAUUUGAACUGCCCUUUUCAUCAAAAAAAAAGAAGAAGAUGGGUUCGACUUUUGGCUUCUAGGGUUUGCUUAUAAAGAGGAUUCAUGGAGAGGUUUCGAAUGGCCGCAAACCAGGUCCGGCAUUUGUGCAAAAAGGUAAAAUACGCGUAGUUACGGAAUGAUAAUUCUUGUUGUGAAAGUAAGAUCCAUUUUGUUGGUUUUAUUUUAAUUUUAAAAAGGUAAAAAUUGGGAUUUUUUGAGGCAAUAAGAUUUUGGGGAAUUGUGUUAUAUUUUUCAGAUGUUCGUGAAACUCGGCGGAAUUUAAGAUGAGAAUUUGCUAAGGUAUAUGCAAGAUUUUAGCUUGCGUUUUUACCAUCAAGAUAUUUGGGCUCAAAUUUGCAAAAAAAAUUUAUUUUUUUUUUGCACAUGGGUAAAAUACGUCACUUAACCACAAAUUUAGAAUAAUUUUUUAUAAGUUAUAUGCGAGAAUCCUAGCUCGCGCUUUGCAGAAACAACCGAGAUUUUUAGAUCGAAAGUCGGAAAAAUUUAGGACUUUUCGUCGAAUUUCGGCACCAAAAAUUUCAUGCCUAUUUCAAGCGUAAAGGAUAAUUUUUCUACAAAAAAUCUAAUUUUUACGUGCGAAACUGCCAAAGUUAUGGCCAAAAAGCGCUUUUCUCUCUGACCGCUCUCCACGUUUAGUGUGCUUUCUCGGCGGUAAAAAUCGUUGAAUAUCUCGGCGCCGCCUGCAAAGCGCGAGCUAAAAUUUUCAGAAAUUGAUACUUAGUUCAUGACCGACGUGUGUGCAAAAUUUAAGGAAAAUCUGAGCGUCGCACUUGGAGUACUUCCCUUGUUAGUAAAUACUAUUUUUUCGUUCGUAUUUUACAAAUUAAAACUGGAUCUUUGCUCUCCAGUCUUGGCCGAAAAUUCCUCCAAAUCCCAUUCGCUGCGGGCAUAAUGACCGCCGCACACACCAGUCGGGCAUUAUUGUUAUGUGAUCCAGACAUUGGCCUCCCCCCUUUUUUUCAUUCAUUGCGGUAAACGUUUCCUUUUUGCUGCCGAUUACAAAUUUAUGGAAGGAAAAGUUUUCGGUUCCGCCAUCCGACCAAACGCUUUUCCUUCGCGAAGAUUUGCGGCCAUGUCGGUGCGGAUAACAGCGCCUCAACAACAACUUAAGCACGAAGUAAGGGGGAUCGUUUCUUUCCCGGUUUUUGGUCGGUCUUGUUUUUGAUCUGCGGCCAAAACGGUUUCCUGGCGGGGCCGGGAAAUUUGUCAUAAGCGAAAAAAACGACAAAAACUUGUCUGGAUUUUUGCAUUGUGCAAUAGAAUUCUCGCAUUUCUUUUUGGUCAUAGUAAAAAUAAAAAUAUUUUCAAAUUUUUUUUGCACUUUGCAGUCAUUUCUCAAAUUUCUUUUUGAACAUUUGAACUGCAACGAUUUUCAAAGAACAAUCAUCGCACGGUGCAGAAGUAUUUUCUAAUUUUUUGCACAGUGCAGUUAUUUGUUGUAGUUCAUCUUUUUGGACAAUACAGAAAACUUAAUUGUGGUUUUCCGCAAAGCGCAGUAGCAAUUUUUCAACCAUAGUUUUCUGCACCAUGCAGGAAUUUUUCUCGGAUUUUUUUGCCUUGCACAGUGCAGAAAUAUUUUUUAAUGUUUCGCACGGUGCAGUCAUUUUUCGAAUUUCGUCUUUUUACACAGUGCACAAGUACUUUAAAGUUUUUUUCCACAGUGUAGUAUUCUUUAGAAUUUUUUUUUGCACGGUGCAAACCAAAUUUUCAAAAUCGCACUGUAGUUUUUCAAAUUUCAUCUUCUUGCACAGCGCAGAAAACUUAAUUGAAGUUUUCCGCACAGUGCAAUGACAAUGUUUCAUUCAUUGUUCUCUGCAUCGUGCAGAAACUUCUUCGGAUCUUUUUGUCUUGCACAGUGCAGAAGUAUUUUUUUAAGUUUCUCGCACGGUGCAGUCAUUUUUCGAAUUUCGUCUUUUUCACUGUGCAGAAAACUUAAUUGAAGUUUUCCGCAUAGUGCGAUGACAAUGUUUCAAUCAUUGUUUUCUGCACCGCGCAGGAAAUUUCAGUGGUUUUUUUGCCCUGCAUGGUGCAAAAUUUUUUUUUUAUUUUUGCACUGUGCAGUCACUUUUCGAAAGUUCAUCUCUUUAUUCACAGUGCAGAAAUCUUGAUUGAAGUUUUCUACAUAGUGCAGUGAGUAAUCUUUCAAUCAUAGUUCUCUUCACCGUUCAAUUUUUUUUGGAUAUUUUUUUGUCUUGCACGGUGCAAAGGUAUUUCUCAAGUUCUCGCACGCUGCGGUCUCUCGAAUUCUUUCUUGCACGGUGCAAAAAAAAUUUUCAAAAUUUUCCUGCACUAUGCAAUAAUUUUUGAAUUUUAUCCUCUGGCACAUUGCAGAAAUCGCAACUAAAGUUUUUUCGCACAGUGCGGUUACAAUAUUUCAUUCAUAGUUCUCUGCACCGUGCAAAUUUUUUCGGAUUUUUUUCUCUUGCACGGUGCAGAGAGCUAAAUGCUAUAAAUCAAAAUAUUAGGGUUUAAAAACACUUCUAUAAAUUUUCUAGGGCGUUUCUUUUCUUUUGGUCUUCUAAAUUUCUAAAUCACCUUUGUUCUUCAACCACCAUUUUCUCACUAAUAGCGAAAUUUUCUUUAGCGGCAUAUGAUUUAUGUCUUUUCAUAGGUGUGUCUUGACUAUUAUCGGAUUUGCUAAGUAACUCUUUUGUUGCUACAAAAAGAAUUUUAAAGGGAAAAAAUGCAAAUUGGGGUUUUUGAAAGGGUUUUUUAGGUAUGGGGUACUGUAACUUUUCAAAAAAAAUUUUUUUCAACGAUUACACUGAGCAAAUCCAUCGUAUUUUACUUCUAGGUUUUUAAAAUGGACAAAACUUUUUUGAAAAAAAAACAUAAGCUUGAAAAAAAGAAAAAUUGUUUUAGGUUUACAAUUUUGAUUCCCAACUCUAUUUUUGAUAGUCUUGCUCUAAUUUGUAACUAAAAAAGCUUUUAUUUUAAGUCGUGGAUGGACUCCGAACAUCGGGUGAUCCUGAACGUGGGCGGCGUUCGCCAUGAGACUUAUCAGCAUGUGCUCAAGAAGAUCCCAGCCACGCGGUUGUCAAGGCAGGUUUCACAUUCAUCACAGGAAUACAGUAGCAUAAAGCACAACGUAUUUUAAAAUUAUUGUUUCAGGCUAACGCCAAAUUUGGCAAAUUAUGACCCAGUUCUCAACGAGUAUUUUUUCGACCGGCAUCCGGGUAAGGUUUGCAGAGUUUUUUGAUUGAAAAUAGCAAAGAAACGGACUUAUCUUUUUGCUAGGCUUAAAAAAAUUUUUUUGAAAAGGAGGUUUCAAGAAAUUUUUUUUUGCGUUGUGCAAGAGAAACAAAUAGGCUAAAAAUUGCUUCGCACGGUGCAGUCCCAAAAGUAAGCUAGAAAUCGCUUCACACAGUGCAGUCCAAAAAAUAGGCUAAAAAUUGCAUCGCACAGUGCAGCCCAAAAAAUUGCUGAGAAAUUGCUUUGCAAGGUGCAGUCAAAAAAUAGGCUGAAAAUUGCUUCGCACGGUUCAAUUCAAAAAAUUGCUUAGAAAUCGCAUUGCAAGGUGCAGUCAAAAAAUAGGCUAAAAAUUGCAUCGCACAGUGCAGUCCAAAAAUAGACUAGAAAUCGCUUCGCACGGUGCAGUCCAAAAAAUAGGCUGAAAAUUGCUUCGCACAGUGCAGUCCAAAAAAUUGGUUACAAAUCGCUUUGCACAGUGCGCUUUUUAAUUGUUGCAUUUUUUGUCAACAAAAAAUAUUUAAUAAUUUUAGUGAUGCAUAGCGAGUGUUUUGACGUCGCUAAAAAUUUUCAUAAAUCAAUUUUAUGUCAAAAAUAGAAAAAAAAUAUGUGUUUUUUUUUUGGGUAUUUUUCCUACUAUAAAUUCCAAAUGCAAUUCUCCGUAUUUUAGGGGUAUUUGCGAUGAUUUUGAAUUACUACCGGACGGGUAAACUCCACUAUCCCGUGGACGUUUGUGGGCCUUUAUUCGAGGACGAGCUCGAGUUUUGGGGCCUCGAUUCGAAUCAAGUGGAGCCCUGUUGUUGGAUGACCUACACGCAGCAUCGGGAUACGCAAGAGACGUUAGCCGUAAUCGAGAGCUUGGACAAUGAUAUUGACCCUCAAACGGCCGAGGAAGUCGCGAAAAAAUUCGGCUGGGAAGAUGAUUAUUUCAAUGGAAGCCUGUCCUGGUGGCAGCGGAUCAAACCUCAAGUGUGGCAAAUGUUCGACGAACCAUGGUCGUCGAGAUAUGCUAGGGUAAGAGGGGAUUUUGGGUGGAUUUUUGCAAUUUUGGGCAGAAAAUUGGUAAAACCGGAGUUAAAAGAGGCAAUUUUUUUUCAAAUUUUCAAUCAUUCUAAAAAAAUAUCCGCCUACCUUGCGACCACGUAUUUUACCCAAAAAAGACAAAAAUUUUAAUUUUUUUGUCAAAAAAUCCCCAAAAAAUUAAAUUUUCCAACGAAAAACUGCGCAAAUUUUUUUCCUACCUUUCUAAUCCACAUUUUUCUUUUUAAAAUCCCUCACAUUGCUGAAAUAUUUCCGAAUUUUACUUCCGCACCCUUUCCUUUCACUUUUCUCUCCAAAGCCGAGCGAGAAAAGGACCUUCCUCGCGAAUGUUUUAUUAGUCGAGUCGGUAAUGCGCGCGCUUUCCACGCGAAAGAACGCGGGUUCGACUCCGGCCGGCCGGAUGAUUCCACUUCGGUGGGUAUAUUUGCUACUCUUGAUUGCUUCCUUGAUGACAAAAACCUAACUGACGGUCCUUUUGAUAUUUUGCGCAGUUUUCUAAUAUUUUUUAGUGUUAUAGACCUGAUUUACUUUUAAGAAACUUUACUUUUCCGUAAUUUUUCAGCUCAAUCUAUAGCAAAAAAACAAGUUUCGUAUAAGAUAUAUAUACAUACGUACAAGUAAAAUAUUUUUUCAGGUAGUUUCAAUAACCUCAAUUUUCUUCAUCAUUCUCUCCAUUGUUUGUUUUUGCCUCAAGACCGAGCCUCGGAUGCGGGUACCCGAUCUCAACAUUCGACCGAUGGAUUUGUCGAAUAAAUCCGGAAAUAUUCCGUAUCAUGAUACAGGACAGCACGAUAUUUCGGCCAGACAUACGGGUCAUUAUUCUCGAGGCUCCAGUUUUUCCGUGGAGAAAAUUAAAACUCGGUAAGUUGAAGUUUAUUUUCGGUUCCAUAAAUCAAAGUUGGGUCUCACCACGAAAACACUGACCUCAGGAAUCUUGAAAAAAAAUUAAAAUUCUGUCACGUACAGUCACUACGGUUAAUCACCAACUAAUUUUUUCAAGUUUCGGGUAAUAAAUUUUGGUCCCACCACGAAAACCCUGAUAAUAAUGAAAUCCCUCUAAAUCCUCCUAAAUUUCAGCGCACAUCCUCACUUCUUCUACCUAGAGCUAAUCGCCAAUAUUUGGUUUACCUGGGAGAUCCUGAUGCGUCUGAUUUUCUCGCCAAAUGCCGUUCAUUUCAUCAAAAGUCCCAUAAAUAUCAUCGAUUUCAUCGCGACCGCCUCGUUCUACGCGGAUUGGUUUUUGGAGUGGUACCUGGAUGGAAAUCAUCGGGAUACGAUCGAAUUCUUCAACAUUGUUCGGAUAUUCCGGCUGUUCAAGUUGACUCAACAUUCGAGUGGGCUGAAUAUCUUGAUUGAGACGUUCAAGGCGUCAGCUAGGGUAAGAUAAAUUAGUUUUUGAAAAAAUAAAAAUUUUUUUGAGAAAUUGGAUUUUUAAGGGUAAAAUACGAAGUAUGCAAGGCGGUUUUGCCGUAGGAAAUAUUUUCAUUUCUUUGAUUUUUGAAGAUUCAUAUAUUGGUGAGCUGCGCCCAGGCUUUAGUCAAAAGGCUUAUAAUUGAAAUGAGAUAUUAAAGAAAAGUAAAAUACGUCCCCUCCUAUUUUCCAUUCGAACUUUUACAGAAUUUGUAAAAUUUUCAAUUGGCGAGCUGCGCCCUAGCUUCAUCGAAAAUAUUGAGAAUUUUGUGCAUUUUCUAUUAAUUUAGGGGUAAGAUACGCCAUUUGUGAGAUAUACCGAAAUUUUAACACACAUUGAAAAAUUUUAAUCCGUCAUGCUGACGUAUUUUCUAGAUUUUUUUGAAAAAUUUGCAAUAGAAAAUUUUAGAAAAUGAAUUUCAGGAACUGCUAUUGUUGAUGUUUUUCGUGUUGUUGGGGACGGUCAUGUUCGCAUCGCUGAUGUAUUACGCUGAGAGAGUUGGGAAUAACCCGGACAAUCAGUUCGAAUCCAUUCCACUAGGGCUUUGGCACUCGUUGAUUUGCAUCACAACGGUGGGAUUUGGGGACAUGGUAAGUUAUAAAUACAAUUUAAAAAGGUAUUUUACAUUUUUUUCCAAAAAAUCCGUCAUGAUGACAUUAUUAAUUCUGGUUUUUGAGAAAAAAUUUAUUUUUUUUUUUUGAUUUUCAAAUUUUGCAUUUCUUUGGACGUAUUUUACCUCAAAUUUCAUAACCUCGUAUUCUAGGUGCCCCACACUUACUAUGGAAUGGUAGUUGGCUCCUUCUGUGCCUUAAUGGGUGUCCUUACAAUCGCCCUUCCCGUUCCCGUGAUUGUCUCAAAUUUUGCCAUGUUCUACUCGCAUGCUAAGGCCAGGUAAGACAAUAUCUUUAGUUCAUAAAACUAAUUCUUUUAUUUUUUAUUUCACAAGGAAAGUACUUCUAUGGGGUGUGGAAUUACCGGUCGAGAUAUAUAUCAAAAAAUUCGCAAAAAAUUUCUGAUUCAGAAUAUAUAUAAAUUAGCUGCCUAAUUUUGGUCUGAUGACAUGUUUUUGUCCUCAGAAGUUUUCUCGCGACACAAUGCAAGUGUCUUUUUGACCGUGUUUUUACCAAUAAAAAAAUUUUGUUUUGUGCUAAAAUAAAUUUUGAGGCCUUGACAAGCCUUAAAAUAUCAAAUUGGAUUACAACUACACCUUAAAGGUAAUUCCAAUGUAAAAAAUAUGUUCUAGUGUGGCAAAAGGAAUCGAACCCGUCCCCUUCGGAUUCCCAAUCUAGCGCUCUAACCACUCGGCCACUCCGCUCUCUUCCGAGGGAAGAGACCGAGCGCGCUUUUGUUGCCGCAGAUUUUUUUCCUCGAGAAGUACAUUUAUUGAUAAAACUCGUUGAUAGACCAAAAUUAGGCAGCUAAUUUUUAUAUAUUCUGAAUCAGAAAAUUUUUGCGAAUUUUUUGAUAUAUAUCUUGACCGGUAUUUCCACACCCCAUAGAAGUACUUUCCUUGUCAAAUCUUUUGAUCUGCCUUCUAUUUUCCCGCCAAAAAAUCAAAUGGUUCGUUUCAAAAGAAAAAAUAAAGCGAGUCGAAAGCCGUGCCUCAUUGGCUCAGGGGCAGAGCGUCUGUCUAGUAAACAGAAGGUCGCUGGUUCGAUUCCAGCAUGAGGCAGUCUUCUUUUUUGAAGUUUCUAGGUUGUUUUUAGUAACGUUAUGAUGCCAAUUAAAAUUACUGUUAUAUUUUUAAGUCUUUUUGCGGUAGAUUGUAUUUUUUUAACAAAAAAUAGUCAAAAAAUCCCGGCUUUUUCGAAUUUUCGAAAAAUUUUUGUUAAAAAAAUUAAAAUUACGGACUUUCCGAAGAAUUUUUAAUCCUAUCUCUUUCAUUUUCAGAUCAAAACUUCCAAAAAGAAGACGCAGGGUUCUGCAGCCCCACGAAAUCAAACCGAUUGUCGGCCGAACAACAACCGCCACUCUCCUCUCAACCAUCGCGAAUCGAAAUCAAUCCGCCGCGCAGACUCCGACCAACCCACUAGCACCUUUUGCUGCAGCGCAAAAUCUUUUCGUCCAAAAUCCACCAAAGCGAAGGAGCAGCAAAUCAAGUCUGCUGAGCGCGGACGGUCCGAAUACGGAGAAGAGGAACUCAACGAGCUCGAAUUGCAAUCACAAACACUCAAGGGACAAUGGGAGAGCCAACGAGGGCGCCAAUAAGCUUCUGUGA